CUGGAGUCAAAGGUCCCUUCCCCAAACUUGCGGAUUUAACAAGCGCUCUGCGGGCAGAGGCAGGCGGCACCGUGCAGCGCUCCCGGGGAGAGGCGCCGGGCAGCUCAGCCCCCUCGCCCCACUUCAGAGAGCGCCGCCGGAAAGGGGAGGCGGGAGGAGCGGGUGUAAAAUGUCGCGUCUCUCCCCCGCCACACACCUGAAAGCAAAGCGGGGAGCGAUCCGCGAGUAGGGCCGGAGACUAUAGCCCUGAAGCCAGGGGCGACCUGGAGCCGGCAACUCGCAGGCUCCCUCUAGCCACCGCAGUUGCAGCGGAGGAGGCGAGCGAGAGCAGCAGCAAGAGGAGGAUUUUUUUUCUCUCUCUCUCUUUUUCAGCCAGUAAUGAGCGUCUGCCCCCUGGCACGGCUGAGCCACAGCGCGGCUGCACACACGCGCACACGGUAUAAAUAAGUUAAGGGAGACGCACUGGGAGCUCCCCGUCUGGCUCAGCCCAGCAGGCAGGAGGGGAACCUCCCCCCGGCGCCAUGGCGUGCGUGGCCGGCUGCCGCUGCUGCACGGAGCGCCGGAGGCAGAGCAGCAUCCUCUACAACAUCCUGAAGAGCGAGGAGCAGAAGGGGGCAGCGCAGCAGCCGCCGCCGCCCGCAGGAGCCUCCGGGCCGGGCUGCUCGUGCGGCUCGCGGCGGCGCGUGGCCCUGCGCAGCCCGCAGGUGGCGGGCAAGGCGGCCUCGGCCGUGCUGGUGAAGACCCUGCGCUUCGUCAAGAGCGUGCCCUGCUUCCAGGAGCUGCCGCUGGACGAGCAGCUGGUGCUGGUGCGCAGCUGCUGGGCUCCGCUGCUGGUGCUGGGGCUGGCCCAGGAGCGGGUGCACUUCGAGACGGUGGAGACCGCGGAGCCCAGCAUGCUGCAGCGGAUAUUGACCGACCGGCGGCAGGAGCAGCACCCGCAGAGCAGCAGCCCGCAGCUGCCCUCGGCCGGCGAGAUCCAGGCCAUCAAAGGCUUCCUGGCCAAGUGCUGGAGCCUGGACAUCAGCACCAAGGAGUACGCCUACCUCAAGGGGACUGUGCUCUUCAACCCGGAUCUGCCAGGGCUGCAGUGUGUACAGUAUAUCCAGGGACUGCAGAGGGAAGCACAGCAAGCUCUAAAUGAACACGUCACACUGAUUCAUCGAGGGGACCAGGCCAGAUUUGCCAAGCUGAAUGUUGUUCUUUCCUUGCUGAGAUCCAUUAAUGCUAACGUAAUUGCUGAACUAUUCUUUAGGCCCAUCAUUGGAACAGUGAACAUGGAUGACAUGCUGCUGGAGAUGCUUUGUGCAAAGUUAUAAAGGCAUGUAUCAAAUAAAUCCAUUACUAAGGAAUUCCUAGAGCAGAAUAGUGUAAAGUACUGUAAAUAAACUAACUUAUUCUUUUUACAUAGAUAGUAUUUUUGUAUUCAGUAAUAAAAUGUUCAAGUUCUGACAUUUUUAUUAAACUUAUUGUUUUCAGAAUAGGAUGUACAGCCAUGAAAAUAGAUGCCUUUUAAACCAUUAAUGAAGAGGUUUUAGUUUCCAAAGUGAGAUGAAUAUUCUCUGUCUUUGAAUAAAGGUCACACUGAUCUGUGUUAUGUUUUCAAAA